AGACCCGCCUGUACUAAAAUAUCAUAGUUUUAGACCCGCCUGUACCCAGGUAUUUUCUGUGCCGUGCAUCGUGACAUCAAGGUCCAGGUAUGUGCGUACAGGGCGGGCGCGGCAUGCACUUACGGAAUAGCUCAGGUAUUUGACUCUCUGGAUGCUGAGGAGGGUUGUACAUUGAUGUUGGUGAUAAAGGUGAAGAGGCCUCUCAUUCUUAAGAUUGGAGUCCAUUUUUCAAGGAGAUUGUAGUAACUUUAUCAUUGCAAGCAGAUGUUGGAGUAUAUUCUCUCUGUGGUUGAGAAGAUAUCUGCAGUUGGCUGCAGGGAACAGAGCUGGAGAGCAUUGUGAGACUAAACUGGGAUUUUAGUGAAAAACAAGAGACUGGCAACAAUAGAUUAAAAUUGUAGAUCCAGAGCAUUAUCAAGAAUUCAAAUGUGGAUUUUGAUUUUAAAAAAUAGUAGACAUAAGUCCAGAUAUCACAAAGGAUUCUGAUAUUCUUGGGAAUUGUUGUAGCUGUAACCUAUAUUCAGAUAUAUCAGCAGAAAUUUAUAGGCAGAUGUAGGAGCGUAACAUUACAGGAGAGCCCAGGUGUUCGAGACUUCUCUGCUGAGAGAGACCUGAAACCAGGGAUAGAGUAAGAGUUUGUGCCUAGACUUUUGUGGCUGUUACAGAGAAACUUGAAGUCAAGCAGAGAGAAAGAAGGAAGGAAAACCAGAGAGUGAGCAAGGCAGUUUGUCCUUGGGUGUGUCAAGUUGGAUUAAGUUGAAAUUUCCUUGAAAAUGGAAGCAGUAUUGAGAGUUAUGUGGAAUUAAGUGCCUUGAGGUUGCAGUUAUGCUCAAUUCGAAAAAUUUAUGCUUUAUAGCACUGUAAUAUUUGGAGGAUUGUGGAUUAUGAACAAAGAAUCUGGAUGCAGAUUGAACAGUACACAUCUUUAAAGAGCUCUCGAUCACUAGUGAUUUUUGUAUAUUGAUACGCAGAUGAAACCUAAAUACUGAAAGCGUCUUCACUUGAAAAUUUACAGUCAUUGAACUUUUUGCAAAUUGGACAUUUUUUCAACAUUAUGCAAUCUGCAACGGGAACUACUUCUAGCAAAACAAUUGGAAAGACAAAUGUUGUAGAUUAAUAGCUUUAGUGGGAAAAGAUUUGACAGUCAAUAAUUCUAGUGGCAGUGUUUGAGAAAUGCACCUGCCUCUUCAAAGAAAACUGGAUUGAAAUAUUACUCACUGUUUUCAAAAUACUGUGUGGAAAAUUUCAAAUUCAAAUCCAACAGUGUUUGAAAUUGGUACAACUGUAAGGAUUAGAUUUUCAAAAAAACAUUGCUAUCUGAUAGGCAACUUCGGUGUUAUUACUUUUUAAGAAAACUGAAGAGGAUACAAAAGCAAACAAUUUCCAGUUUGUUGUUCCUAAAUGAAGUUGGUGACCAGAAUGCUUAACUUAAUAAGCAAAGACUUUUGUAGCUGUUAGCUUGAUGAAGACAUUAUAUGUAUGUAUUUGAGAAAAAUGUAUACGCUUGCAGUUGUGUGACAUGUAGCCAGGGGCUAUUAUAGAAAACAUACAUUAUUCUCUGUAUAUCAUAGUUAUAUACCAAAGGCCAAACAGCAUGCUGCAGGAGACAGAAGAGGUCUGGGUCUUAUCUGAAGAAUAAAAACUGGGUACAGGCGGUUCCAAUUUGCACUGACCUAUAUAGAACUGGAAGGAGUAGCCAAAACUUUGAUCAGGAAUGGAUAAUGAUAGUAUAGACUUCACUGGAUCAGACAUGCAGUUGUUCCUUGAAGUUUAACAACAGGAGAAGGCUCUGACGAUUCUAAUUAUGUUGCAACCAGUGGGCAACAUGGACUGUUCUGAGGUUCCAUUUGGGCAUCACUCUUAAUUUUGAGUAGACCAGGAGUUGCUCCCAAGAUAAACAGUUGUUGAGAUAUACUGUAGAAUUCUAAACAGUGAUGUGUACAGGCAAUUCAUGUUGGUAGUAACAAAGGUGCAGUUUUUUUUUAAAUUUUUUUGCUGUUAAAUAGGGGCAGGUUAUUUUCAGCAGGCCAAAACCUUCAUCAGGGAAGAGGAAUUGUGGAAGUGAGACUAUAUUUUUAAUGAGACUUACCUUUAAUGGUGAUUCUCAGUUUAUAAACACAAAAGGUUUCAGGCCAUUCAAAUUGGAUUACUAUAAAGAGGAAGUGCCAGUAGGACUUGUACAGACAGUUCCAAUUGGCCAUGACUGUAGGGUGGGGCAUAUUGCCAAAUGUUUGCUAGUGGAAGUAGUGCAGUUAAUAUACAUUUAACUGGACCCUAUCUUUAGUUGAUGCCUGCUGUUUACAAACAUAAGAGGUCAUAGACAGUUCCAAUAAGAUUAUAGACAGUGGCCUACAGACAGUUCCAAAUUGGCUGUGACAUUAGGGUGGAGUGCCUUGUCCCACAGACUAAACUGAGGCUAUCUGACCUGGCCUAAAGUUCAGCUGACAGAAAAUGUUUAAAGGGAAGAAGAAGAACAAGAAAAAACAGAGGGGGGAUGUCAUUGGAGAGAAGAUUAUGCGAUCAUCCAGCGAUGUCAGCAGUAAUAGAGAAGAGCGCCCCCUACCCAUCACAAUAUCCAGUCCAAGGCGCUACACGCGGCAGACCAGUGGAAGCCGCCAUAUUAUUCCAGCUGAUCAGAUUGAGGCCAUUAGUACGCUGGGGGUUGGAGAGUUCGGGAUUGUACAACAGGGAGUGUGGACCAAUGAUAAUGGUCAAAAAAUCCAAGUUGCCAUCAAAUGCCUGAGUAAGGAGAGGAUGCAGACAGGGAUAGCAGACUUCCUGAAGGAGGCCACCAUGAUGCACACAGUGGACCAUGACAACAUAGUCCGGCUGUAUGGUGUGGUGCUGGACAGCUCCUCUGAGGCACCUCUGAUGCUGGUGACGGAGCUAGCCCCAAUGAGGUCACUGCUGGAGUGUCUCAAGGACACAUCUGCACACCCAAACUUUCCUGUCACUACACUGUGUGAGUACGCAACCCAGAUUGCCAAAGGAAUGGAGUACCUGGAGACGCGGAGGAUGAUCCACAGGGACCUGGCCGCUAGGAAUAUACUAGUGUUCUCAAAAACUAAGGUAAAAAUUAGUGACUUUGGAAUGUCGCGGGCUCUGGGUCUAAGCAGGGAUUACUACCAGACCAACUUCAAUGUCAAUCUCAAGUUGCCAAUAGCUUGGUGUGCCCCAGAAUGCAUCAACUACCUACGGUUCACUACGGCGUCGGAUGUGUGGGCGUUUGGUGUCACGCUGUGGGAGAUGUUCAGCUAUGGUCUCCAGCCCUGGGGCGGCUUCUCUGGACAACAGAUCCUUGAAGCCAUAGAUGAGCCAAACUGUAGGAGGCUGGAGCAGCCAGACUGUUGCCCCAAGGAGUUCUACGGGCUGAUGUUGAAGUGCUGGGAGAAUGAUCCUGGCAGGAGACCCACCUUCCUGGAGAUAGCUGCCAUGUUACCACAGAUCCAGCCAACCACUAUGACAGCGGAGAGGGACAGCUCCAAUACGGGAAAAGACUUCCUGGUGUACAGUGAAGGAGACGUGGUGACGGUACUGGACAGAAAGUAAGGAAAUAUUUCUUUCCUGAUUUCUUUGUUUUUAUCGAAUUUCAUGUUCUGGUGGCUAUGGUUUCUAAGAAUGUCUGUCAGAAAAGAAUGGUGUCAAAAGUGGGCUACAGUUGACUUGAAGUAGAAUAAUUCUCUUCCUCCUCAGUGUCACAUUCUAGACAUGCAGGCCUGGAAAUGUGACAGAUGAAUUUCUUUUAAAGAAAAAAUUAAAGGAGGAAAUAUUAAGAGAAUACAGGCAAAGUCAAAAUGUAUGUCUGUACUAAUGACAAGUAUGAUGUUCAUUGUGUUCUGUGAUUCUACAUUCAUUGAAAUGCUACAGUCUUCAUAUGUUUUGAAUAGCAGCACUUUGAUCACUUUGGUAAGACCUAAAACACCUUCA